ACAGUGGAAUCCCUGCCUGUUAACAUGACCAAAACUUUUUGGCCAAAUGGUACUAUUAACAGGAUUGUGCAGUAUAACAGAAAUGAAUUUUUUAUGCCAUUAUAAAUGGCAUCACAUUAAAUUGACAUAAUCCUAUGCAGGGCACAUCUGGACACAUUGCAUCAGUGACACAAAGAGUUAUAAUUAUUGGAUAAAAGUGAACAAAAAGUAAUUUAGUUUGUAGGUACACCACUGACUUUUUAAAAAAAUCAAUUCAACGGGAUUACUGUAGUUACAGCAAGAACUGCAAGUAAUUCAAGCGUGGUUCAACCUUCUGAGGUAUGUUAUUUAAUGAUGACGUAGCGGUUUGUUUUGAUUACUGGAUGGAUUUUGAAUUUCAAAGGAGCAACUUACUUUCAAAAGAGGACGCACUUAGGGGAAUUAUAAAUGCGUGUUGCCUGUUUACAGAAGAGCAUUUAAAAAAUCCAUUCGAUAGUUGUAUUUCAUCGAAAAUAAACUAAUAAUCAAGAGUAUCUGAUUGUAUUUUUUACCCAAAUGAAAGACAUGGCUGAAAUAUCAACGGUCAAACCGGCACGUGCAAAGAGGACGCUUCCAAGCUUGCCAAGUUCUAAAGCGUCAAAUGGAGGAGUGUUUUUAUCGCCGACUUGUUCACCGAAAACUGCAAGAAAGAAAUGCGUAGAUUCACCUUUAGCUACAACAGGGAAAGAUAGGAUUAAACCAUCACGAUUGCCUGUACGACGGACUCAAUCCUUGAGCGAAAUACCUCUCCAAAGACCGUCAACCUCAAAUGGCAAAGUAUUACGUAAACAGGCUACUGUUCAUUCUAGUGAGCUGGUUGUAAAGAAUGCAAACAAUAAUCAUUCCAAAGACUUACGACUCUCAAAAAUUUCUGGAUCUGGAGAAAUAAAUAAAGCACAAACCAGGAAAAAAGCUGCAGCAAAUAAGACUGCAAAUUCUCUAAAUAAACAGUCGAAAAAUGAACUAAAAAUUAAGAAAAUUCAAGAGUUUUCAGACUCUAUAAAUCAUCCAGGCUCAGAGAACUCGGUUAUUACGCGAGGUUUAACAAAAAGCGAAAGCAUAAAUAGUCUAGAUAGUUUGUCAGGAUUGGGGCUUGAUCAAGAGGAGAAAUCCUGUGUCACCGUUGCUGUACGUAUUCGUCCUUUUAACCAAAGAGAACUAAGGAACACCAAUACUCAGUUAUAUUUGACAGCAGAUGGAAACACAAUAUUUACAUCUGGUCCAGGUUUAAAACAUAGUUUCUCUUAUGAUCAAUGCUUUUGGUCAUUUGAUGAGAACUGUGAGACCUUUGCUACUCAAGAGUAUGUUUAUAACAAGAUUGGCAAGCCUCUGGUUGAGAAUGCUUUUGAUGGUUAUAAUACAUGUUUGUUUGCAUAUGGUCAAACAGGAUCUGGCAAAUCAUAUAGCAUGAUGGGAUUAAAUCACCAAGAACAAGCAGGAAUCAUUCCAAGGUUUUGUCAUGAUCUUUUUCAAAGAAUCGUUUCAAGUCCUGAGUUGACAUUUUCUGUGGAAAUCAGUUACUUUGAAAUCUACAAUGAAAAAAUUCACGACUUGUUGGAUUAUCAGAAAGGAAGGGACAACAAAAAGUCCAAUUUACGUAUUCGAGAGCAUCCUGAACUGGGUCCCUAUGUUCAAGAUUUAUCCACGUACAUUGUCAGUAGUUACGCUGAUGUGGAGUCCUGGCUUGCUGUGGGAAAUAAGAGUCGAGCAACAGCAGCAACGGGAAUGAAUGAAAAAAGUAGUCGAUCGCAUUCAGUGUUUACCAUCAUACUCACCCAAACACAGACCGAGUUAUUAGAAGGAACAGAAACUCAGAUGUCAAAAACAAGUAAAAUCAAUUUGAUUGACUUGGCCGGGAGUGAAAGGGCCAGCACUGCUUUAAAUGAUGACGUAAUUGAUUCAAAACAAACCUACGAUCUAAGGUUAAAGGAAGGUGGUAGUAUCAACAAAUCUCUUCAUACUCUUGGAAAAGUCAUCUCUGUUUUGUCAAGUCGAGAAAAAGCUGGCAAAAAGAAGAAAGUGCAUAUUCCGUACCGUGACUCAGUGUUAACUUGGUUAUUAAAGGAUAGUCUUGGGGGGAAUUCUAAGACAGCCAUGAUAGCGACUGUGAGUCCUUCUAUCGUCCAUUAUGAAGAGACAUUAAGUACUCUAAGGUAUGCCAGCCAAGCGAGGUGCAUCGUUAACAGAGCAAGAGUAAAUGAAGAUCCUAAUGCUAAAUUAAUACGAGAAUUACUUGCUGAAAUUGAGCGUCUGAAAGAGUCGUCCAUUUCAUCAGAACCUGAGGUUAAUGUCAGCUUAAAUGAUGAAAUAACAAUGCUACGAGAAAAAUUGCGUGAAACUACGACUUUAUUGGCCGAAUCCACGAAAAAUUGGCAAGAGAAGUUAGAGCUUUCUGAGAAACGUAAAGUGGAGGAAGCCGAAAAGUUGAAGAAAGCAGGUGUUUCCUUCAAGGUUGAUAACAAACUCCCUAAUCUUGUAAACUUGAACGAGGAUCCUCAGUUGUCAGAAAUGCUGUUGUACAUGUUGAAAGAAGGAGAAACAACAGUAGGCCGUCGUCAAAGUGAACACUAUUCUGAUCAUGAUAUUCAGCUGAAUGGGGUUUUAGUGGCAGAAAACCACUGCUUGAUUCGUAACGAGGGUGAGAAGGUAUACAUCACGCCAAUUGACGAUGCUCCGACCUAUGUGAACGGCUUGCAGUUAUCCGAGGAGACGUUACUUCAUCACGGUGAUCGUUUAGUCAUUGGAGGAGAUCAUUACUUCCGGUUCAACCAUCCCAUUGAGGUGCAACAAAGAAAACAGGAAAAUUCUGAGAAGGGAGAGAAUGUUGCUCCGAAAGAUUUUGAAUUUGCAAGAAAUGAACUGGCUCAAGUGCAGAAUGCCAGACUUCAAGCUGAAUUGGAAGAAGCUAGGAUAAAAGCUCAGGAAGAAAUAAUGGUCGAAAUACAAGUUGCGAAAGAAACAGCACAACAAGAGUUGAAUGAACAAAAACAAUGUUACGAGAAACGUCUCAAUCAAUUACAAAAUAGUUUGAACGAGGUGGGUGCGGAGAAGACUGAGAUCGAGAAAUCACACCAGAGUGCAGAGGACAAGAUCAGUCAAUUACAAGCGCAUAAAAUGCUGCUUGAACAAGAAAUUUUAAACAACAGGAAAAGAUUGCAAAUGGAGGCUUUAGCAGCUAAACAAGCUCUUGAAGAAACGAAAGUAAAUCAAGUUCGGAUAAUUUCUGAAUUGGAAAAAGAAAAGAUAAAGAUUAGAGAAGAUGUAGAAAAAUUAAAAAACGCGAAGCAAGCGAGAGAACAGAGAAAAAUGAGCAUUGUUUCUAAAGAUAAUAAAGGGAAUAGUGAAUUGCUACGCAUAUCUGUUAUGUUGAGAGAAGCAAAUAAGAUCAGUGAAAGUUUAAAAAGACAUUUGACAUUCAGCAGAGAUGAUAUAUUGCUAAACGACAAGGUGGAAGUGAAAAUUCGUUUGAACAACACAAAACUUGGAAUCACAACAGUGUGGUCUUUACAAAAGUUUGAAGCGAAAUUAAUGCAGAUGAGGGAAAUUUAUCAGCAAAACGAAUCUGACAGUAUCAGUGGCGAUGAAGAUCCAUUCAGUGACCCGUCAGAUCAGUGGGAAAAAGACUUCAGGCUUGAUUCACCUUCUGAAACUAUACGGAUGAGCAGACGAGAAACUCUUGAUUUAGUUUCAAACUUGAAGAACUCGCUAGCUUCACCACUUUCAUCAAAGGGAAGUCCAUCGGUUCUCUACGGUGUAUCACCUCGUGCUAGAGUCUUAGUGAACAACGCUGUGAACAGGCAACAUGUAAAAGCUGAAAAUAUUUUUGCAAAGUACAAAAGAGACGAGACACGUUCUAGUGAAGUGAAGAAGACAUUUCCGUCACCAUCGCCAUCUCCACCGCUGUCUGAUCAUUUUCAAAACAGUUUACAAAAUGUCACAUCAGUACCAGCGAUCUGCCGCGAUAUGGUCUCCAGUCUUAUGUCGAGAAUGGAAGGUCUUUCUACGUCAAGCGAAGUGCCUUUCCACGAACGGAUCGUGUACAGUGUGAACCAAGUUCUCUUGUCUGCCUCAAGUUUGCGCAGAGCUUUUAAAAACGACAACGGGGCAAGACAUGCGGUUCCAUUGCGAGAGACUGAAAUCGUUCGUCGUCAUACUAUUCAAAUUAUGACAUCCUUGGAACGACUUCUGGAACAAACGCAGUCAUGGAGAACGGUACUCGAUGCCAGCGGUGUGGAAAAAGUUCGCGAGAUGACAUCGCGUUUACUAGACUCAGUACGAAGAGUUGCAGCACAUUUAGCAAAACUGUUAAUGGGCUGUGAUGGAGAUAUGGUGUCAUUGAUUGAGGAGUCUGGUGACAAGCUUGAAAACUGCCUAUGCAUUCUAGUCAAACAGGUUGCAAAACUGGUUGUAAUGUCACCUGUUGAAUUCUCUGAAGACAACCUGGCUGAAGAACUAGAAAUCCAAGGUUCUUGUGCGGCAGCGUUUGUGGAGGGGCAGAAUCUUGUUCUUCGUGACGCUGUACAAGACUGUAAUAGAGUCAUCAAAGAAUCGCUCAACAGCAUGCAAAAACUGGUUCACAAAGGCAAUAACGAGAUGGAAAAAGAGAUCAGAGACGACGCUACAAGAUUAUUGAAAUCUGUUUUAAACUGUACUCGAAAUGUCGACGACAUACAAAAAACGUUAUAUAGUCUAAAAGAUAUGACGCCAUGCACCGUUGCUGGAAGACGAGUAUACUGCUGUCACCAAGUGGUCAGCGGCACUCGGUCAGUUACAGACAUUUCUGGGCGUUUGACAAAAGCCAUUGAGAGAUUGAAACUAGACAAGCCGCGAUUAUUUACUGGAAUGAUUGAAAUAGCAACUGAACUUAGGACUAGGGUCGCAAACGUUGUGGAACACACGCAAAGCCUCGUGGAAUUCGAUACAAGUUAUUGCUCGAAUCAAUCCCGGGAGAGAUCAAUUAGCCAAUCACAAGUGGGUUUCGCCAAUCAGUCCUUCGAUGAAAUCAUUCGCGAUUCCCGCGAGAACCUCACGCAUGAAUCCCGCGACCGAUCUACGAGUGAUCCUCGCGAUAUAUCUACGAGAGAAUCUCGCGAGAGAUCAUCAAGUUUAUCUUUUCUCUCAACCUUCAAAGACAAACUGAAGGUUAAAGAAAAGAAUGUGAGACUAACAUCUCGUGAGCUUGCACAGACAUUAACAAAGUACUCAUUCCUUACUGAUGAAAGGUCUUGUGAGAGGAAGCAUAUGCGUGGUAACUAUGGCACUCCUGUGUCCAACGGUAUCUCCAGAGGCCUUAGAGAUACAACAAAUUCUCCAGGUUCUUUUCAAAAGAAGAUUGCACACGAAUUUACACAGCAAACACCCCCGCGAAGUCCUCGCGAAGGUUUUUCGGUCUUUCGUUCGAAAGAGUGCCCAUUGUAAAAUCGAUGUGUUGCUAUUGACAUGAACAAGUUUUUUACAUGGAUAUAAUUAUAUUUAUGCGAGUAGUUAUUUAUUAAUUUUUUUUAUCCACCUGGAUUGAAUAGAUGAAAAUAAAUUAGAACUUAUAGUGCUAGUACUAUUAAAUACCCAUGGUCCAUGGAUUCGUUAUACUUUUCAGGUGGUCUAUGUAAUUAUAGUAACUAUAUAAUUAAGCAUUCUCUACUCUACGAACGUGAAAGAUCUUACAAUGUAGUAAUGUGAACAGGCAGGAACGUGAUGAAUAAUUGUCCACAAAGCAGUAUGUCUGAACUAUUUAUUGGCUUUUUUACUCAUUUACAUUGUCUAAAACUGCUGUUCUAUUCUGCAUCGAUUUCACAAUUUCCUCCAUUCACUACGCUGAGUUAACGGUCACGAGUAAUUAGGCCUGGUCUCCAUCUUUAUUAG